AUGGAAAUGAUGACAACUUGCCAGCUGAAUCAGACAUGUGGCCAGCCAAAUAGUAGCGUCCCACCUCCCAUGAGCAAUUCAGGCUUAGCAAUAUCCUGCUUCACAAUGUUAUUUGGCACCAUCUCCAACCUUGCUGCACUGGGCAUCCUGGCCAAGUCUCGUGGUAGAUUCUCCCGCCAGUCCAAAGCACCAUUCCUACUUCUAACAGUGGCUUUGCUUUUGGCUGACCUGGGAGGUCAUGUGAUCCUAGGUUCCUUUGCACUGUAUCUCCACAUGAAUCAUCAGUAUACUAUGAAACUAUGUGAUGUCUUUGGAACAAAUAUGGUGUUUUUUGGCCUGUGCCCUUUGCUAUUUGGUUGUGCUAUGGCAGUGGAGCGCUGUGUGGCCAUCACUAAGCCCUUUUGUCGUGUUACUAUGAUUACUGUGGCUCAUGUGGUACGGGUUGUGUUAUUCCUUUCCUCUCUUGCACUUGUUCUGGCAAUUCUGCCUUUACUCAAAGUGGGGACUUAUACUAUCCAAUAUCCAUGCACCUGGUGUUUUUUGAGAGUUACUUCUCCAUGUUUCGCAGCUGACACUUACCUGGCUUUGAUUUUCUCAUGUCUGGGCCUCACUGCGCUCAUCCUUUCCCUGUUCAGCAACACAAUGAGUGUUGCCGCAUUGGUGCAUGCCAGAAUGAAGACCCCCAAUGGUCAAACAAACCACACAACCCACUUUGGUCGUCGUGAAUCAUGUACAUCAUCUUCUUCGCUGUUUUUUUCAUUGGAUGUGGAGGUAAUGGUGCAACUGGUAGUCAUCACUGUUGUUUCCUGUGUCUGCUGGAGCCCCUUCCUUAUCCAAAUUCUUCUGAUGCAGCUCAAGCAAAGCCCUAGAACAUCAGCUCAAAAGCUCAUCUAUGUGGCUUUACGUAUAGCCUCCUGGAAUCAGAUCUUAGACCCCUGGGUUUACAUCUUACUGAGGAAGACGGUGCUCUUCAGAGUUUGUGGACAGAGAUGGACCCUGACAAGAACAUAG